CCUGCAGUCUGACGUAUUUGUAUUUGUGAGUUGUGAUUGUUUUCGUUUCGUGGUCAAGGUUGUUGUUUGUUGCUAUUUACGACGAUUUUAAUGGUUUUAGACACGAUCGAGUUAGGUUUUAGCUGUAGAAUGAUUGGAUAAAACUUUUAGAAUCUUUCUUUUUGUUUAUUAAUGCAAAUUUAGCUCAUGACAAUCAUCUAAACUUUACCAUCAUGUCCUUUAGUGUUAAUUCAAAAUGAAUUUAAGCCCCAAGAAAAGUAUUUUGCAAAAUUUAAUUCACGGGUUUCGGUUGAGUUCCAAUGAAGGAUUUCACUCAUCGAGGUUUGUUAAAGACAGAAAUUAUUACGAAGUGUUAAACUUGAACGAAAAGUGUAACGCCAAAGAAAUUAGGGACUCAUUUAUUCGUCUUGCUAAAAAAUGUCAUCCGGAUACCAAUCAAAAUGAUCCAAAGAGUCAUGCACGCUUUGUUGAACUGCAAAAGGCAUAUACAGUCCUCAGUACACCUUCAAAGCGACGGGAAUAUGAUUUAGGCUUAUCUGAUGUGUCAAUAUCGCACAACCGCCCAUAUAGAAGGCCACAAGGAGAAUCCAAUGACGCACGGGCCUACGAAGAUUAUUUCAAUGAUGAAUUCAAAGAUCUCUUUUACAGAAGUCGCAUGAGGCCAAAUGCAAACCCUCCUCGUCUUCGGGUUGGAGUUUUACAAAUAACACUGUUGUUUGUUGCAUUCACUACAGUUGGAGCUGUUUUACAAUACUAUGUCAUUAAAUGGUUAUACAGACGUAAUUAUAAUGAUGAAUUGCAAAGACAUAACAAAGCUUCAGCCUCUUUCCAUGCACUGAAAGAUGCAAUGGAUAAACAGCAAGAAGAAUUUGAUAUUCAAAAGUUAAGAGCUGCCUAUUACAAAGAGAUGGGACAUGGACCUAUAGGUAUGCAUUUGGUGCCUGCUCUAAUCAGGACCAAAUUACCUACUCCUCAAUCUGAAGAAAUUGAUUCCAAGAUGGGAGAAUCUGUGGAAUCUCUCAAAGAUAAGAAGCCAGCUGGUAUCAAAUAAUGGGUUUUAAGUGAAAAGCCUUUUAGUAAAGAAGGAUUCAAAACUUUGAUUUGUAAAAAUGAUGCAAAAAUCUUAUGAACAGUAAUAUAUAUUUAUUUUAAUGGAAAAUGAACAGAAUAAUAUGUUCUUUCUAUGUACAUGAGCUAAUUCAUGAUAAAUUAAUUUGUGAAAAUAUACUAGGAGGACUUGUGA